UUGAAACUUCUCAUUGAUGAGAAGAAAAACAAAGUUGUUUUGGCUGAGGCAAAUCAGGAUUUCGUUGAUGUCCUCAUCAGUCUUUUGACUCUCCCAAUGGAUAAAAUCGCUAAAUUAAAUUUUAACACCUCGAGAUGUCGUUGUGGAGCUUUGAUUUACUAUCAGAUUCUGGUCCCAGAAGAAGAUCAAGUUGGAGAAGUGAUAGGAGAUAGUGCAGAUGGAGUGUUUGUCAGUUCAAGAUCAUCAUUCAUUAUGACUGAUGAUUUGAACGUGACGCUAAACUCAAUUGGUGUUAUCAUGAAAGUUCUAAAUGAUCUUGGGUAUCAUGGUUUUAGCGAUCUGCGUGAAACCCAACUUGAUGUAGGGCUCGAAGAGGUGCUGAUGAAACCUUGCAUAACAAGUAAGCUCGAAAAGUUAUCCUCACAUGUCCAAAAAAAGGGGUGUGUAGAUCCAGGCAGUGUGUAUUCAGUCAAAGUAUAUGUUAGAAAGCUUGACGGGGAGAUUCUUUAUGCUGAGUGCAAUGAAGACUUCGUUGAUUCUCUUCUCAGUUUUCUGAUAUUCCCUCUUGAGCUGGCCUGUUCAUUUUCAAUUCCUCACAAUUCUUGGGAGCCUCGCAUACUCGCCAAGCAGAUAAAAAGGUCUCUGAUCUCAGAAGGUGGCAAAAUUGUGAAAGUGUUUCCAAAUAAUUCUAAAAUAAAGCCUGGAACUUCAUUAACAUGUCGUGGUGGGUUUAUGAAGAGAAACACCAAGUUCAUCGUGUCUAAUGAUCUGAUUAUAACUCAGAUGAAUUCAUCUUCGACCAUUGGCUUGUUGAAGAAGAUGAAGCUCAUCAGCAUUCUCAAAACUUCUUUGGUGUCAUCCUCUGCAUUGACCAUUGGUCUCUCAAACUUGCUCGUGAAGAAACCAAAGGAAGAAACU